CUUAUACACCGAAAACAGUAAACAUGGAGGACUCAGAGGAAAUCAAGACAAUGUUGCAGAUGAGUGCAAGUAUGAAGAAGAAAGCCUAUUGUCCGUAUAGUAAAUUCCGUGUAGGAGCAGCUCUCCUGUGUGACGAUGGAACAAUCAUCACAGGGUGUAAUGUUGAGAAUGCAUCCUAUGGAUUAAGCAUAUGUGCAGAGAGGACAGCACUGGUUAAGGCUGUGUCCAUGGGUCAUAGAUCAUUCAAGGCCAUUGCUAUUUCAAGUGACCUUAAGACUUCCUUCAUUGUUCCGUGUGGUGCUUGUCGUCAGUUUCUACUUGAGUUUGGCAGGGACUGGGAUGUAUACAUGACCAAACCUGACCAUACCUACAACUUGAUGAAGACGGGGGAACUCUUGCCCUUAGGUUUUGCUCCUGAGUCUCUAGAAGAGGAAAGGAUCAGUCAGACAGCCUAAUCCUGACAGUGGUGGACUUCAGAUCAGCUAGACUCCUUAGACCUGAGGAUGGUGGACCUAUCUAUAUAUGUAUAUAGCCAGACUGGCUAGACUUGACGAUGAUUUAUCAAGGUUCAUCCAGACUUUACAAUGAUAGACUGAUAUGAUAAUAAGCCAGACUGCCUUCUGGUAAUCCUGACAUUGGUGGACUUAGAUCAGACAGACUGCCAAGACCUGACGAGGAUCGACUGAGGAACAGACAGGUUUCCUAAACCUGACAGUGGUGGACCUAGGAUCAGCCAAACUGCCAAGACCUGACGAGGAUCGACUGAGGAUCAGACAUGCUUCUUAGACCUGACAAUGGUGGACAUUGGAUCAGCAAGGCUGCUUAGGCCUGAUGACAAUAGAUAUAGCAUCAGCCAGACUUCCUACACCUGAUGAUGUUUGAUUGAGGAUUAGCCAAGCUGAAUAGACUGACAAUGAUUGACUGAGGAUCAGCCAGGCUGCCUGAUAAAGAGGAAGGGUGUAUUAGUGAGACCGGUCAGAUGUUACCAAAGUAGACUGAAGACUAUGUAGAUCACCUGUCUAAUCCAACAAUUGCUUGGGUUAAGAGAUGAUCAGGAAGACUUUGGUCCUAGUCUAAAUUUGAAUUUAGUGAUGCAGUGAUACAAUGACACAGCAAGGCAGCUAUAGACUGUAUACAGACCUAAUGUCUUUGUACUUUCAUUGUUACAGAAUAGAUAUACUUAGUAUUCCUUCAGACUUUUUGAUACAUUGUAUUCCUUCAGACUUUGAUACAUUGUAUUCCUUCAGACUUUUUGAUACAUUGUAUUCCUUCAGACUUUGAUACAUUGUAUUCCUUCAGACUUUUUGAUACAUUGUAUUCCUUCAGACUUUGAUACAUUGUAUUCCUUCAGACUUUUGAUACAUUGUAUUCCUUCAGACUUUUGAUACAUUGUAUUCCUUCAGACUUUUUGAUACAUUGUAUUCCUUCAGACUUUGAUACAUUGUAUUCCUUCAGACUUUUUGAUACAUUGUAUUCCUUCAGACUUUUUGAUACAUUGUAUUCCUUCAGACUUUUGAUACAUUGUAUUCCUUCAGACUUUUGAUACAUUGUAUUCCUUCAGACUUUUUGAUACAUUGUAUUCCUUCAGACUUUGAUACAUUGUAUUCCUUCAGACUUUUUGAUACAUUGUAUUCCUUCAGACUUUUUGAUACAUUGUAUUCCUUCAGACUUUGAUACAUUGUAUUCCUUCAGACUUUGAUACAUUGUAUUCCUUCAGACUUUGAUACAUUGUAUUCCUUCAGACUUUGAUACAUUGUAUUCCUUCAGACUUUGAUACAUUGUAUUUUCAGACUUUUAUACAUUGUAUUCCUUCAGACUUUUUGAUACAUUGUAUUCCUUCAGACUUUUUGAUACAUUGUAUUCCUUCAGACUUUUAUACAUUGUAUUCCUUCAGACUUUUUGAUACAUUGUAUUCCUUCAGACUUUGAUACAUUGUAUUCCUUCAGACUUUUUGAUACAUUGUAUUCCUUCAGACUUUUUGAUACAUUGUAUUCCUUCAGGCUUUUGAUACAUUGUAUUCCUUCAGACUUUUAUACAUUGUAUUCCUUCAGACUUUUUGAUACAUUGUAUUCCUUCAGACUUUUGAUACAUUGUAUUCCUUCAGACUUUUAUACAUUGUAUUCCUUCAGACUUUUUGAUACAUUGUAUUCCUUCAGACUUUGAUACAUUGUAUUCCUUCAGACUUUUUGAUACAUUGUAUUCCUUCAGACUUUUUGAUACAUUGUAUUCCUUCAGACUUUUGAUACAUUGUAUUCCUUCAGACUUUUAUACAUUGUAUUCCUUCAGACUUUUUGAUACAUUGUAUUCCUUCAGACUUUGAUACAUUGUAUUCCUACAGACUUUUUGAUACAUUGUGUUCCUUCAGACUUUGAUACAUUGUAUUCCUUCAGACUUUUUGAUACAUUGUAUUCCUUCAGACUUUUUGAUACAUUGUAUUCCUUCAGACUUUUUGAUACAUUGUAUUCCUUCAGACUUUUGAUACAUUGUAUUCCUUCAGACUUUUGAUACAUUGUAUUCCUUCAGACUUUUUGAUACAUUGUAUUCCUUCAGACUUUUUGAUACAUUGUAUUCCUUCAGACUUUUUGAUACAUUGUAUUCCUUCAGACUUUUUGAUACAUUGUGUUCCUUUAGACUUUGAUACAUUGUAUUCCUUCAGACUUUUUGAUACAUUGUAUUCCUUCAGACUUUGAUACAUUGUAUUCCUUCAGACUUUUUGAUACAUAAUAUCCUUUCAAUAGCAGGCUUAUUAUACUUUAUUAUACAUACAAUGUAGUAGCAUUUCAGAGAUGUUAGUCAAAAUAAUUUUAGUGAAUUUUCAAGUAACUAGUUACAUCAUCCUUUUUGAUGAAGACUUAUAGUAUUGAUUUUAAAAUGAAGUAAGAUUGUUAUAUGACUUUCACUUUAGUUUGAAGUAGUUGAUUGCCAUGUCAACUGACCCAGGAUCAUUGCUCUGUUAUCAAAAAAACAUCAAGAAAAUACCAACACUACAACAUAAUCAUAAUUCAAACUCAAAUUCAAUAAAACUAGGGCAAAAUAUUAACGAAAAAAGAAAAGAUUUACACAGAGACUCCUGAAAAAGUACAAUGAGAAUAAGAUCAGGUGUUCUGGAAUAGUUAAAUCUUCUGCUUCAUAUUGAUGACACUUGCCAUGUAAAUCUUAGUCACUCCAAGUAAGUAAUAUGUUAUAAAACGAGAACAAAUUAUACAACAAUGGAACAUAUUCACUAGAAUAUUUCAAAUAGAUCUCAGAAAAAUAUAUAAUGCAGGUUUACAGGAAUCCCAGGUUACAUUUGAUCAUAUAAAUAUGAUUACAUAAUUAGGGCCCCACAUCGAGAUACAGGUGCUCUAUCAUAAUCAGCUUGUCUGUCAGUCUGUCUGCAUAUCCGUCUGUCCAUUUUUGCUUUCCUCACAAUAACUUCUGUAUUUGUAGUCGGAUUCUUACCAAUUUGAUGUGUGGCUUUAUAUUACAAGACCUUGCAGAAGUUUGAUAACCAGUGAAAUCCAUCAACAUUUGCAGAAGUUUUGGGAUUUUGAACGACGAAAAUUGACCAUUUCAUUACUUUCUGCACAAUGACUUGCUUAUUUGUAGUUGUAUAUUCUCCAAAUUUUGGACAUGGGAUUCUAUCAAUUAAACCUCACAUCGGUUUGAUAACCAGUGUCAUCCAUCAAUGUUUGCAAGAGUUAUGGGACUUUGAAUUCUGGAAAUAUACUAUUUUGUUAAUUUCUGCACACUGCAUAUUUAUGUACAUUAGUCAUCGCAUGGAUUUGAUAAACAUUGAAAUCUGUUCAUAUCUACAAAAGUUACAGGAAUUUGAGUGUUGAUACAAAUGGUCAUAAUGACAUUCUUCACAAUUGUGGUUAAUUUUGAAGUGGAACAGAAAAUCCAAUAAGGGCAGCGUGGCUUCUGAUCGGCUAAGACAUUUUUUGCUUCUUCUCAAGAAAUGCUAGUGAUAUUGACUUCUAACUUGGCACAGAUGAUCAUCAUGUUGUUCGGCACAAGUGUUGUUUUUGGCACAGAUUGGAACAUCCAGAACGGCCACCUGGCCUCUGAUUGACUUGAUCUGUGCAUACUAUGCAGUUAAAUGGUCAGUUUGUUGAAUUAAAUAUUAUGUAGUUGAAUGGUCAGUGAAUACACAAAGUCAUCUUGAUAAUGAUAUAUAGUUGGCUGUUAUAGGUCUUUAUACAUAGGUGGUCAUUAUAGACAGGUAAUUGAUAUUCAUAAUGGCAUUAAUACAUUUAUAUUGAUAUGUUGUGGUCAAGGUGAUCAUUUUAGACAAGUGCUUGUUAUGCCGAUUUUAUUGACUUUAUAUUAUGUUGUAGACCUUGUUAUUCCAAGGAGUUUAUUUUACCAAUAGGUGUUCUUUAUACAGAAAUGUUUAUAUUAGAGGUGUUUAUAAAGGUAACUUACAUAAGAAUGUGUUAAUUAGUUUACAUAAAAUAAAUAGGUGAAAUGCACAGCAGGUGUGUUACACAGAUAUGUCAAUGAACAGGAUUCCAAGAGGUAAUAUAAAGAGACUGUUGAAGCAAGUACAUUUUAUUACAAUUAAGUAAUUGAAAGAAACGGUUUAUAAUCCCUAUUGACUGUAGGUGAAUAUACUGUUUUUCUUCCUUUUUUAUCUGAUUUGAUAUACAAUUGACAGGUGCUUCUUUUCCAGGAUGAAAUAUGUAUUCCCUGCCCCUCUUUCAAAGACUUCAAUUUUGAUAGGUUUGACUUCUUAGGAUACUAUGCUUAAAUGCAGAGAGGUUUAGAUAGCAUCAAAUUUAAACAAGUAAUUUUUGAUAAAUGAUGAAGAAUUUCCCCAUAUUCUAAAGCCUUUUGUCUAGAGUAAUGGGAAAUACAUAUAGAACAUUAAAGCUGAGGUGUUGUUCUUGGUAUACAUCUAUCACGUUCAAAAACCUUCUUAAUUUAUAACUAUUCAAGAAUUCUACUGUAGUCACAUAACGUUGUGGUUGUAACAAUGAAGGCUGAUUUUUAGUCCCCCAUAAUGAUUGUUAUCUUUGAUAGUAAACCCGAGCUGUGUUGCUUCUCAGUUGUGCUGCUAAUUCUUGUGUCAUCUGUUGACAGGUAAAAAUUCCUCUGUGUCAUUCUAAUUAAUACCAGUCCCUUGUCUACAUGUUCCCCAGCCCCAACUCUGAAUAUAUAUGAACUGUACUCAUGCUAAUAAACACCCUCAGCUCCUCCUUACAUAUUCCCAGUCCCCUGAAUUGAACAUGUAUAAACAGUAUUCAUGCUGAUAAACACCCUCAUCCCCUCCCUAUAUCUUCCCAGUUCCCUGAAUUGAACAUGUUUAAACAGUAUACAUGUUGAUAAACACCCUCAUUCCCUCCCCAGUCCCCUGAACCUGACAUGUAUAAACUGUAUUCAUGCAAAUAAACACCCUCAUUCCCUCCUUACAUUUCCCCAGUUCCCUAAAUCUGACAUGUAUAAACUGUAUUCAUGCAAAUAAACACCCUCCUUCCCUCCUUACAUUUCCCCAGUUCCCUAAAUCUGACAUGUAUAAACUGUAUUCAUGCUGAUAAACACCCUCAUUCCCUCCCUAUUUCUCCCCAGUCCCCUGAACCUGACAUGUAUAAACUGUAUUCAUGCAAAAAAACACCCUCAUUCCCUCCUUAUAUUUCCCCAGUUUCCUAAAUCUGACAUGUAUAAACUGUAUUCAUGCUAAUAAACACCCUCCUCCCCUCCCUAUAUCUCCCCAGUCCCCUGAACCUGACAUGUAUAAACUGUAUUAAUGCAAAUAAACACCUUCAUUCCCUCCUUACAUUUCCCCAGUUCCCUAAAUCUGACAUGUAUAAACUGUAUUCAUGCUAAUAAACACCCUCAUUCCCUCCCUUUAUCUCCCCAGUCCCCUGAAUUUUUUUAAUAGAAAACCAGUUUUCAUGAGGUAAUACUUACCAUAACUUUAGUAUGCAAAUAUGGUACCUACACCCAUCUUUGUAUCCCAAAAACAAAAGAUUUUAAAAUCCUGCCCUCCCUACGAUCCAUGAGCCUUCACGACAGGAACAUAGAGUGAUCUCCCUUAUGGCUGCUGGAGAAGGCGGACAUACUGAGCCGAGUGCUUUCCUUUUUUCAUUGUAGUAUAUCCUUCUUGUAGCUGAGUAAUUUAUUACUCGGUUUUAUUCUCAAACUCAUCUCCCAACUUCACAAUCACUUGCAGACGUUAUAUUUUGGCUAUUUUCUGCUUAAAUUCGGCCUUUUUUCGGCCCAUCCCUACUCCACGUGUCCGAGCGCGUGACAUGUUUUUCGUUGUUCGGUUUUCGUGAAGUUUGUUGCCUUUUUUAACGGUGGUCUUUUUUUUUACGACCGUUUUUUUGUUAUUUAUUUGCUACAUUACGUUAGUUUUGUGCUUGUGUUUGUGGUUUAUUUUUUGGCAUAUUUUUCUCAAAAAAAAAUUUUUUUUUGUUGCCGUUUUUUCUUGAUUCUUUGUUAUUUCAAGUAUGGCUAGUGCAGGUUUAUGCCAUGGUUCGGCACAUGGGUGUUCCUAUUUCUUCGGAGAGCUGGACCCCCAUUAUGACUGUCCUUUGUGCCGACCUUGCAGCGAGACAACGCUGUGAGAACUGUCAAGGCUCCCGUGCCAGUGUGGCAAACUUCUAGCCGGAAAAGGGAUUUGUCCUCUUCUUCCGUCAAGAGAAGUAAGUCCUCUAGUUCCUCCACCUCCAGUUCUGAACUGGUGGGUGAGUUUGAUGUUCCUGCUGGGGGUGCUCUCAUUCCCCCAAGCUCCGCCCUUGAGCAGGGGGUGGUAAUUAUUACUGAAAUGCAAUGAACAUGUAUAAACUGUAUUCAUGCUGAUAAACACCCUCAUCCCCUCCUUAUAUCUCCCCAGUCCCCUGAAUCAAACAGGUAUAUAAACUGUAUUCAUGCUGAUAAACACCCUCUGUUUCAAACAUGAAUUAUUUAAAUUAAACAGUUUUAUCUUUCAGUUACAUUUUUAUUUCAAAUGUUUGCAUACUGCUGUAACCUUUUAUCCAUAUUUAGCAGAUAUCAAUGUUUCUGGCAGAAAGCCAUUCUUCAUGUGUGUAUUAUGUAUGUUGACUUGAUAAGUAGUGAGAAAUAUAGUGUAUCGUGAUUGAUGUUUAAAUCAUGGAAUCUUACAUUUGUCAAUUGAUAAACUAAUGAAAGCUAUGUGUUUCAUUGUAUUACCUCAAAAGAGUUGCUGUUUGUAUAAAUAAAAUUCAUAUCAUUUUGAAA